GCCCCCUGCGAGCACGAAUCUUGUCUCCUCGGCUUGGACCCCCUUGGGCUUGGCGCUGAUUUGCUUGCAGGUGGGCUGUGGGUUGGCCAGUCGAGGGUCUAAUAGCUGCGCGUGCAGUAGUAGUAGACGCUGCAGCCAGAGCAGCGCAUGAGGCUGUCUGCAGACCUCGCAGUGUUUGGGUAUCAUUGUGGGGAAGUCCUUUUUCAGGUCUUCGUGGAAGACGAUGCGGCGAGGGGCUGCCAUUGCAAUUGGCUGAUGCAGGUCGGGAGGCGAUCGAAUCGAGGACGGUUGGUUUCUUUGGUGAUAGGCAGAUGGGCGGUGAACUGGCACACUGGGAGGUGGGAGGAAGAAUUGACGGAACGAAACACGAAAGCACGCGACAACCCCGCGAAAAAAAAAAACUAAAAAUCAAAGUCAAUUAAAAUCGAGAGAGGUACGCAACCCAGUGGAGCCCCCAGAGCCAUCAGAACCGCCACCCACGCCUAUCAAUGGCCAAUGCCAAUGGUGAUGGACAACUCGAGUUCGAGCGAGCAAAGAGAGAGAGGGAGACAAUGGAGACCGGCCGUUGACUUUGCCAGGGUCUGGUUGGGUCCUGAUGCACCAUGCACGAACCCUGCGACAACGCAUCCAUCGCAUGCACAGCAGCAACGAAAAAGAGGGCAGAAUCAAUGCCCAAUCGAAUCCCCAAAUUCCCCAGUUGCCCUGCGAUCAUCAGGACCAACCCUAACCCUCGCACAGACCAACCAGCAAGCCGCUGCUGAUUGGCGGGCUGGACCUGGAAGAAAGACUUGGGUUGGGCACCACUCGACCUCAACCACCUGAAUUGAAUCGACGAUAUCCGUAUACCUACUCCGAUGACGGGACCCAGAGACUUAAAAACCCAGAAACCUAGUGCAAUCGACCGAUGAUGAGAUGAGUUCAAGUGGAAAAGGCUCCCCCCGUCAGUUUCCCCGGAAUUGCGAUGCCGCCGCAGCCAGCGCUCAGAUGUGCAAACCUGGAAUCAGCAACAUUCAAACCGGCCCAGACUGCCCAACACGGCACAUGUCGUCGUGGCCCCUCAGGCUGUCUCUCUCCGUGAAACAUUGGGUUCGACAGGCCACGUCGGGGACUCACAUGGUUCCCAGACAGCCCUAUCAAGGCGACUGGCUACACAGGGGCUCCUGGUUGGAGGGCCCGCUUCCGAUUGGGGAUAGGCUCGCUGACAGCUCAUCAACCCACCUAGGACCGGCAAUGGGUUGA